CUACACUUAUUUACGUAUGAGGAUGACAUAAAUCUUCUCUACUGCAAGUGGAAAUAUCCACCAAAAAAAGACUUUUAAGUUUUUUACUUCACCUAACCUGCUGCUUCAUUCUCUGCUAACUUUCUCUUUUAACAAUUAUUGACAGUGUGAGGAUACCAAAUCUAAAAGAACAUAAUGCACAAGUCUCAUUUCAGAGAGAGAGGGGGGGAGUGUGUGCUUGUGAAUUUGAUAGAGAAAAUGGUGUGACUAGGAAGACAUGUAGCUGGGGGUUUAGUAUCACAGCCGCUGCCGUCUGCCGAUCAAAACCCCAUUAUUCUACCGGGUUUCAUUCUUUUGGUUAUUGAAGCGUGGAGUUCCAUUCGCAACAUAAACCGUGAUAAGAAAGUUCCAUUUGCAACACAAACAGUAGACUGUUUCAUUGAGCAGGUUUAUAAGAAAGGACAUAUGAAGUGAAGAUCCUGAAGGGACCUUUAGAUAUUGAGUGGCUGGAAGCCUGGAAUAACUUAAAUUAUUAUUCUGGCCUGGAUCCACUACUUGGUUUUCUAUUGCUGGUACAAAGACCAGGCUUUUGUAAAGUCCAAGCCAGUUGCUUUAUUGUUCUUGGCUGGAGUCAUGGCAACACUAUUACAUUCUGAGUCCAGACGAUUAUAUUCUUGGUGGUGGGACAGCCACAUUAGUCCAAAGAAUUCAAAAUGGCUUCAAGAAAAUCUCACAGAUAUGGAUGCCAAAGUCAAAGCAAUGAUCAAGCUCAUUGAAGAAGAUGCCGAUUCUUUUGCAAGGAGGGCAGAAAUGUACUAUAAGAAGCGUCCUGAACUGAUGAAAUUGGUGGAGGAAUUCUACAGAGCUUACCGUGCAUUAGCCGAGAGAUAUGAUCAUGCAACUGUGGAGCUCCGCCAGGCUCAUCGAACCAUGGCAGAAGCAUUUCCCAACCAAGUAUCUUAUGCACCGGGUGAUGACUCACCCUCAGGCUCUUCUGGCCCUGAUGGUGAGCUGCACACCCCAGAAAUGCCACAUCCUAUCUGUGCAUUUCUUGACCCAGAUGGUUUGCAUAGGGAUUCAUUUGGACUCUCUAUGGAAAGGAAUGGGGGGUAUCCUGAAGAAUCAGACACUGGAAUAAACAAAAAAGGUUUAAAGCAGCUCGAUGAGUUGUUUAUGUCACGAGAAGCGGCUUCUCAAGUUUCAAAAGUCGCAAAUGGAAAAAUGAAAAAAGGCCUGAAGGUUCAUGAAGCAGCAGAAACUGAAGUUCAAAUCUUAAAGAAAGCUCUUUCAGAGAUUCAAACUGAGAAGGAAGCUGCUCUUCUUCAAUACCAGCAGAGCUUGCAGAAGCUAUCCAGCUUGGAGAGAGAACUCAAGGAUGUCGGAGGUCUUGAUGAAAGAGCAAGCAGAGCAGAAAUUGAAAUUAAGAUCCUGAAGGAAACUCUUGCUAAAUUAGAAGCCGAAAGGGAUGCUGGUCUUCUUCAGUACAAUAAAUGCUUGGAAAGGAUAUCUGCUUUAGAGAAUGUGAUCUCUCAAACGGAAGAGGAUUCAAAAGGACUCAAUGAACGAGCUAUUAAAGCUGAAAUAGAAGCUCAACAUCUCAAGCAAGAACUUUCCGCAUUAGAGGCUGAAAAGGAAGCUGGUCUUCUUCAGUACAACCAAUGUCUUCAACUGUUAUCCAGUUUGCAGAAGAAAAUCUUUAUUGCUGAGGAAAGUUCUAGAAUGCUUAAUGAGCUAACCGAAAGAGCAGAAACUGAAGCUAAAGCAUUGGAGAAGGCCCUCGCUAAAUUGAAGGAAGAGAAAGAAGCUGCAGAACUUCAGUAUGAGCUGUGCUCAGAGAAAAUAGCUAUGAUGGAGAGUGAAAUUUUUCAUGCUCAAGAGGAUGUCAAUCGAUUAAACAGUGAAAUUCUGACGGGGGCAGCAAAAUUGAAAACUGUAGAAGAGCAAUGUUUCCUGUUAGAGAGAUCAAAUCAUUCUCUGCAGUCAGAGGCCGAGAAUUUGGCACAGAGGAUAGCAACAAAGGAUCAAGAACUUUUAGAGAAGGAAAAUGAGUUGGAGAAACUUCAGGCUUCGCUGCAAGAUGAACAGUCACGUUUUAUUCAAGUUGAAGCUACUCUGCAGUCCUUGCAGAAAUUGCACUCUCAAUCUCAAGAGGAGCAGAAAGCUUUGGCAUUUGAGCUUCAAAAUCGUCUCCAAAUCUUGAAGGAUUUGGAGAUAUCCAACCAUGAUCUGCAGAAGAACCUCAAGCAGGUUAAGGAAGAGAACCAGAGCCUCAAUGAACUGAACAGCAAUUCCGUUAUUUCAAUAACAAAUUUGAAAAAUGAAAUUUUUAGCUUGAAGGAAAUGAAAGAGAAACUUGAAGAGGAUGUUUCCCUACAAGUGGCUCAGAGCAAUUCCCUACAGCAAGAGAUUUACCGUUUGAAGCAGGAAAUUGAGUGUUCGAACACAAGAUAUUGGGCCUUAAUGGAGCAAGUGGACUUGUUAGGUUUAAGUCCAGAGUGCCUUGGUUCAUCUGUGAAGAACUUGCAAGAUGAAAACUCGAAGCUAAAAGAGGUCUGCAGAAAGGACUCAGAAGAAAAGGAAGUUCUCCAUGAAAAGUUGAGGGCAAUGGAUAAACUUAUGGAGAAGAAUGUGGCAUCGGAAAAUUCCCUCUUAGAUUUAAAUCGCAUGCUGGAAGGGUCAAGAGAGAAGGUUAAAGAGUUGCAGGAGUCCUCCCAGUUUCUUCAGGGAGAAAAAUCCAGUCUUGUUGCUGAAAAAUCCAUCCUGCUUUCUCAGUUACAGAUUAUGACCGAGAAUUUGCGGAAGCUCUUGGAGAAAAAUGACUUGCUGGAGAAUUCUCUCUCUGGUGCAAAUAUUGAGCUCGAAGGUCUGAGGACAAGGUCAAGAAGCUUUGAAGAACUCUGCCAGACGCUAAAAAAUGAGAAAUCCAAUCUUCAAGAUGAAAGAAGCUCCCUGGUCUUGCAGCUGAAAAAUGUUGAAGAGAGACUGGGAAACUUAGAAAGGAGGUUUACAAGAUUAGAAGAAAAAUACACUGGUCUGGAGAAGGAGAAAGAUUCCACACUUUGUCAAGUAAAGGACCUGUGGGGUUUUCUUGGUGUAGAAAAACAAGAGCGUUCAUGUUAUAUACAGUCAAGUGAAUCUCGACUGGAAGAUCUGGAAAACCAGGUCCAUCAACUAAAAGAAAAAAGUAGGUUGAGUAAGAAAGACUUUGAAGAAGAACUAGAUAAAGCUGUAAAUGCUCAGGUUGAGAUCUUCAUCUUGCAAAAGUUUAUUAAAGAUUUAGAGGAGAAGAAUUUAUCUUUAUUGAUUGAGUGUCAGAAACAUGUAGAAGCAUCCAAAUUCUCAAAUAAACUUAUAUCAGAGUUAGAGACCGAGAAUCUUGAGCAGCAGGUUGAAGUAGAAUUCUUGUUAGAUGAAAUUGAGAAGCUUAAAAUGGGCGUUCGUCAGGUUUUGAGAGCUCUUCAAUUUAAUCCGGUUAAUGAGCAUGAAGAUGGGAGUCUUGCACAUAUUUUGGACAAUAUCGAGGACCUAAAAAGUUUGGUCCUUGUAAAGGAGGAUGAGAAUCAGCAAUUGGUGGUUGAGAAUUCGGUGAUGUUAACUUUACUCAAACAACUGGGAUUAGAUUGUGUUGAGCUCGAGUCAGAGGAAAGCAUGCUUGAGCAGGAGUUAAAGAUAAUGGCAGAGCAACAUGCUAUGCUGGAAACAAGUAACCACGAACUGCUAGAGAUCAACAGGCAAUUGAGAUUGGAAAUGAACAAGGGAGAGCAGCAGGAGGAAGAAUUGAAAGCUCAACUUGAAACCCAGCUUGUGAAUCUGACAAGUUUGCAGGGUUCUUACCAGCAAUUGAAAGAAGAAAAUUUGAAGGCUCUUGGAGAAAACAGAUCUUUGCUUCAAAAAGUUUUGGACCUCAAAGAGGAAACGCAUGUACUUGAAGAGGAAAACAGUAGCAUUCUCGAGGAAGCUGUAGCUGUCAGUAACAUCUCAUCGGUGUUUGAGAGCUUUGCAACACAGAAAAUCAAGGAACUUGAAGCCCUUUCUGAAGAUAUCAGCUCUCUAAAUGUGAUUAACAGAGAUCUCAAGCAGAAGGUUGAACUGUUGGGGUAUAAACUGCAAACAAAAGAAGCUGAAGGUCUACAUCUUAACAAAAGAAUUGAAAAUUUGCAGCAGGAGCUACAGGAAGAAAAGGAUUUAACAGAUCAAUUAAACUGUCAAAUUUUAAUUGAAACAGAUUUUCUUCAAGAGAAAGAAAAAGAGCUUUUCCUUGCGAAACAGAAUAUCAAGGCUACAAACAACUUAAAUGCAGAAUUUUGCACCACUAUCGAGGAGCUGAAGAGGCAAUGUGAAGAAUCGAAAAUUGCAAGAGAUAUCAUAGAGAAGCGGGUUCUUGAACUGUCGCAGGUAUGCACUGAUCAGAAAAUAGAAAUUGAAUGCCUUCAUGAAGCAAAAGAUAAUAUGGAGUCAGAAAUGGCUACGUUACACAAGGAAAUUGAGGAAAGACGGACCAGGGAAGAUAACUUGAGUUUGGAGCUGCAAGGGAAAAGCAAUGAGUCUGAACUCUGGGAAGCUGAGGCUUCAUCAUUCUACUUUGAUCUUCAAAUAUCUUCCAUCCAUGAAGUUCUACUCCAAAACAAGGUUCAUGAGCUGACUGCAGUUUGUGGGAUUCUUGGAGUAGAAAAUGCCACAAAAGAUAUCGAGAUUGAAAAAAUGAAAGAAAGGUUUGGCAUCCUGGAAAGUGAAAUUCAAAGAAUGAAGGCUCAUUUGUCUGCAUAUGUUCCAGUCAUAAAUUCACUGAGAGAGAAUUUAGAAUACCUUGAGCACAAUGCGCUUCUACGGACAAGUCGAGGACAAACGGGAGUAGAAACGACUAGUCAACUUCAUGAAAAGAGCCCUGAAGAACUCAUAAAUGAUGAAAGCACUGCAGAAACAGAUGGAAUUUCAGAUUUGCUGAAGAUGAAGUCUAGAAUUAAAGUAGUCGGGGAGGCUGUGAUUAAAGAAAUGGAUAGGCUUGCAGCUGAAAAGGCAGUGGUGAAGGAAAUGGAUAAGCUUAAAAUGCCAGAAAUGGGAAACACGGAGAAACCCUUAAUAAAAGGCGCUGAACGUUUACAGUUGAGAUGUUGGUCAGCUGCAGAAAAGGAUGUCAGGAAGGAAAAAAUGGAGCUUGCAAAUGAGCCCGCUGAUGCAUCAAAGCCACAGAACAAAAAGCCUGAAGUUUCUGAAGUGAGGAAUGGGAUUUUGAUGAAAGAUAUUCCUCUUGAUCAGGUCUCAGAAUGUUCAUUAUAUAGAAGCAAGAGAGAGCAACCUAGGAAAGAUGAUCAGAUGCUUGAAUUAUGGGAAUCUGCGGAGAGAGACUGCCUUGAUCCGAUGGCUGACAAACAAAACCAGGAAGCUGCCUCACCGGAGAAUGCCACUGCACGUCGUCAAUUCAAAAAUGCCAAACGAAAGAGUCAGGAUCGCUCUUUGGAAUUGCAGAUUGAGAAGGAGGUAGGCGUUGACAAACUAGAGGUAUCAACUAGCAUCACUACAGAAUCCAAUCAAGAAGGAAACGGAGGAAAGAUCUUGGAGAGACUUGCUUCCGAUUCUCAGAAAUUAAUUUCUCUUCAAACAACAGUGCAAGAUUUGAAAAAGAAAAUGGAGUUGAGGAAGAGAAGCAAGAGAGCCAAUGAUCUUGAAUUUGAAAGAGUGAAAAGACAGCUUCAAGAAGUUGAGGAGGCUGUUCAUCAGUUGGUUGAUGCUGAUGACCAGCUAACAAAGGAUGCUGAAGAGAGUCCCUCGUAUUUGGAGGGAAAUACUUCAGAAAAAGAGCAUGACUCCAUGCGCAGAAAAAGAGUGGCAGAACAAGCACGGAAAAGGUCUGAAAAGAUUGGAAGGUUGCAGUUUGAGGUGCAGAGCAUCCAGAGCAUUCUGCUAAAACUGGAGGAUGGAAAGAAAAGCAAAAGCAAGCGCAGAUUCUCUGGAAGUAGAACAGGCAUCCUCUUGAGGGACUUCAUAUACAGCAGUGGCAGGAGAAGCAGCAGAAGGCAGAGGAAGGGUUGCUUUUGUGGGUGUGCAAGAGCUUCAACUGAAGAAGACUGAGGUAACACGACUUUAAGGAAAGCCUGUUGUUAAUUGUUAUUGCUAGCUACAGCUCUCUAAGUAUUCCAAACUACAUGUAUCUUAAGCGAUUAAGUUAGACUAAAGCUAUUCAUGUUAGCUUAGUAGAAACCUGAGAAUAGGCUGAUCUAGCAAAGUAAUAAGCUGUUUCUCCAGCAUUCUUACCAUUGUAAUCUCAACUGAACUAUGCUACUGCAAUCUAAGCUUCUUAUAUAUAUAUCCAGAAUGUCUCGUUGGCAAUGUCA